AUGCGGGCCGUGAAUCAGCCGCCACACCGCCGGGUAUCCUCAGACGUCCUCCGAGGAAUGGGCAACCAGAGACUUUACCAGAAGAACCUGAAGCUGAGCGCUGCCGACAUGUAUCGCUGGAAGCUGUCGUCCCAGGAGCCCUGCAGCAUGACCUGCUCUAUAGGAGUGUCCAGGUCCUUCGUCUCCUGCGUUCGGUACGACGGCGUCGAGGUCCACGACAUGUACUGCGACGCUCUGACCCGACCGGAACCGGUCCACGACUUCUGCAUCGGCAGGGAAUGUCAGCCGAGGUGGGAGGCGAGCAGCUGGAGCGAGUGCUCUCGGACCUGCGGCGAAGGCUUCCAGUUCCGACAGGUGCGCUGCUGGAAGAUGCUGUCUCCGGGCCUGGACAGCUCCGUGUACAGCGACCUCUGCACCAUGGCCGACCUGGAGAGGCCCGUGGAGAGACGGGCCUGCAAGAGUCCAGCCUGCGGGCCCCAGUGGGAGGUGGCCGAGUGGACCGAGUGUCCCGCCAAGUGUGGCCGGAAAGCUCAGGUGAGCCGAGACGUUCGCUGCUCCGACGAGACCCGGCCGUGCGACCCGAUGACCAGACCGCCCAACGUCAAGAACUGCACCGGACCGCCCUGCGAACGCCACUGGACCGUGUCCGAGUGGGGCCCCUGCUCGGGCUCCUGCGGUCAGGGCAAGAUGGUGCGUCACGUCUACUGCAAAGCUCCGGAGGGCCGAGUGGUUCCAGAGAACCAGUGUUCUGCCGAGAACAAGCCUCUGUCCGUGCACCCGUGUGGGGAGAGGGACUGUCCUCCUCACUGGCUGAGCCAAGACUGGGACCGGUGCAACACGACCUGCGGCCGCGGCGUGAAGCGCCGGAUCGUCCUCUGCGUCGGCAUCACCGGAGGAAAGUUCCAGAUCUUCGACGACGAGGCCUGCGGCGGCGGCGAGAAGCCCGAAGAGGAGAACACCUGCUUCGAGAGGCCCUGCUUCAAGUGGUACACGACGCCCUGGUCCGAGUGCACGAAGACGUGCGGCGUCGGCGUCCGGAUGAGGGACGUCAAGUGCUACCAGGGCAGAGAGCUGGUCCGAGGCUGCGACCCGCUCACCAAGCCGGUGUCCAAGCAGACCUGCACCCUGCAGCCCUGCCCCACCGAACCCCCGGAUGAGAGCUGCCAGGACCGGCCCUCCACCAACUGCCUGCUGGCGCUGAAGGUGAACCUGUGCAGCCACUGGUACUACAGCAAGGCCUGCUGCCACUCCUGCAGAGCCGUCCGGCCUCCAGCCUCCUAG